AUGAUCAAGAAGAACAUGGUGCUCUUCGGCGCUUACGUGUCGGCUCAGUGGAUAGCCAUGGCUCGCCUCACUGCAGUGUAUCAGCCGGGGAGCUUUUCGUGUCUGGUGUGUGGCAUGUGCCUCCUUCACCUAGUCGUCUUGCUGCAACAGACUUGGUCUUUCCAAUGUGGUUUGCAGCAUGAAGAACUGCUGGAGGAGCAGAAGUUACUCCGACUGGGCCAACAGCACACACUGAGCAUCUUUUUUGGGGCAUUGGUGCUCCUUCUGACUGUUCUUUUCCUCUCAGGUGUGCCACCGGCCUGGUCCCAGACCUCCCAGCUUUCAGGUAUUGCGCUGACUUGCAUAAGCUUGGGCCUGCAUGCUAAACACCUCUACGAUGCCACGGCCAGCUCUCAGAGGUGGAGGGAGCCACAGGUCCAGAGCAAGGAGUACUUGGUCCUCACCAUGCUGCCCCUGCAGUCCAUCGAUGCCCCUAAGCCCGAGCUGACAGGCGAGCGAGCCCAGAAGUGGCUACUGGCCAAGGCCUUUAGGAACUUUAGGGUUUAG